CACGCACGCGGUUCCGGGUUCACAGAUCUGCUGUGGCGCUGGGGCUCGGCUGGUUAAGGAAGCUGCUUUUGUCUCCCCCCCCCCCCCUUGGUUCCCAGGUCGCUCGCCUUGUCACCUAGGGGUGACCGGGGAUAAGGGAGCUGACCGCUGGGUCAAGUUGGGAGUGGCAGCGCCGGACUUCGAACUCGCGCUCCGCGAGGCAUUGUAGAACCGAGAUGACCCAGUCUUUGGUUUGUCCCGAGACCGUGAGCAGGGUCAGUUCUGUGCUUAAUCGCAACAGUCGGCAGUUUGGAAAGAAACAUCUUUUUGACCAGGAUGAAGAGACGUGCUGGAACUCUGACCAGGGCCCCUCCCAGUGGGUGUCACUCGAGUUUCCCCAGCGUGUUCAGAUCACGCAGCUGCAGGUGCAGUUCCAGGGUGGCUUCUCCAGUCGCCACAGCUGCCUGGAAGGUUCACAGGGUGGGGAGGCCCUCAGCAAGAUCGUAGAUCUCUAUCCUGAGGACACCAAUGCCCUUCAGAUAUCCUGCCUGUCCUGUGGUGGGAGGGACCUGGUUUUCUACAAGCUUUGGAUCAUUGGGUAUGGUGGAACAGGCACUGGGGAGGCCAGGGCAGAAGGAUCUAGAAUGCCAGGCCAGCCUGGACACAUGACCAGACCCUGUCUCAAAAGAAUAAAGGCUUUGGCCGCCUACACUUGAGUAGGAACUAUAGCUCAGUGCUUUAGUGCCCUGGAGGUGGAAACAGGAAAAUCAGGACUUCAAGGUCAUCCUCAACUACACAGUUUGAGGCAAGCCUGGGCUAUCUGCGAUCCCGUAUUUUAAAAAAAAGAAAUAAAGAAAGAAGGUGCUGUUGGUUUCUUGCUGGGUUUGAGAGGCAUCAAGAGCCUGCAGUCACUAGCCCAUUGGGUGGUCUCUGGACUGGGAAGGUGGGGUCGGAUGGGUCAGAGAUAAAGCCACCAUUUCCUUGACUGCAAGAGGUCACACCUUCUCCAUCCCCACCAUGGAGGUGGACCGGCUGAAGUUGACUUUUGAGGACACCACCGACUUUUUUGGCCGUGUAGUCAUCUACCACCUGCGGGUGCUGGGUGAGAAGGCAGGGUGAGAAGAGUCGGCGGUUACUUCCUCCAGGAAGCCCCCCUGGGAGGCACCCAGAAGGCCUUCAAGUUCUGCACGGAUUUAUUGGUUCCCAUUGCGGAGGGCCCUUCCCACCACUGUCCAGGAGCUGCCUUUCAAGCCAGUUGUGGGCUGACUGGUUUGUCUCCGAGUGCCUGGGUUCCCAAGAGGCUGUCUUCACUCAGGGUCCGCAGGCCCCAGGGUACUCUGGAACAGUUUGAGGAUGUGGCUCUCCAUCACCUGUUGCACUGUGGGAGGAGGUGGGAGGAAGUGUGAGCUGGUGUGCACUGGAAGAGGGGACUGAAGAUGCUUAGCCUCAGACGCAGAAAGGAGGCUCCAGCCAAGUGCUUUUCUGCUCUUGCAGGGCCGGGCUGCCUGUCUACCUUGAGAAUAGGUCGCUUUAAGGCGAGGUUUGUCUGUCGCUUUAAGGCGAGGUCUGUCUGUCCCCCUCCACGCACUGCAUCCCACCCACUCUCCACAUUGUAGCUCUCCCUGCCUCCAGAACCAUGAAUCCAAAUAAAACUUCAAGACGAAAAAAAAAAUCACCCUAUCUAUGGUAACUCUGUUAUAGCAAGAGAAACAGAAGUCUGGGAUGUGGAUGGAGGUGAUGACUAAGACCACACCCACCCUGGGGCGGGGGCUGGGCUUGUGUCUCCUGGGGGCAGCUUACAGUCAUACACUGGUGUCCCUGCUGCCGCCUGGGUGCUAAGGGCCAUGUUUCCUACCAGGAUCUGGCACCCAUGGGGAACACCCUGUGUGCCCCUCUCUGCAGCCACCCCACCCACAGCCCCUCAGCCCGCCAUUGUAUCCCAAGCCCACCUUUUCGGUAUCCCAGGGCCACUGCGAGGUCCAUUGGGGUGUAGCCAGAGUCGGCCUCUGUGGUGAGGUCAGCACCCCGGGCUGUGAAGAGGAAUAAGCACUCAAAGGCAGGAGCCCCCGGCAGGGCUUGGGGACUGAUGUCUGGAGGGACCCUUCUCUCCCCACCCCCAGUAACAACGACAGGUCUGCCCUUUGUGCAUUGACACAGGACAGUGGUCAGACUCAGUAGCCCUUAUCCAAAAACAGGGUUUAGAGUAUCUGAGGCAUGGAGGGUAGGAGGCUCAUCGUGGCUGACAGGAUCCAACACAAACACCCUCAUACUACUCUGCCUCUUCGUGGUCUAUGCUUGGAGCCCAUGAUUCCUGCAGGGCCCAUGGGCUCCCACUCACCCAGUAAGGCCUCCACGCACUUCACAUGGUUCCCA